AUGACGCCUCACUGCUCCUCUCCGGUGGGGGGAGGCUCUUCCGUCGAGCGCCGAAGGCGGCGACCGCGGCGGGGUCACAGAUCGCGGCCUGACCUGCAUCCUCAUCUUGGUGGCACGGAGUCUCAUGGCGAUGGAGUCGGCUCGUCUCCGCUGCGCGGUGCCACUUCUCAGCCUCCAGACGAGGCGAACGUUUUCUUGGUCUCCGACGCGAGGGCAACUCCCGGAGACGAAAAUGGGAAACAGAGAGCGGUCGCAGUCGACGUAACAGGCACCGGAGAUGCUGAAGAUCUCCAGGAAGAGAGGCGACGCGAGACGGUCGCGCAUCCACACCAUGCAUAUCCUUCUUCUGAGCUUGCGGCGCUGUCGGCAGCUGUCUGGAGUGCGACCCGUGGAAGCCCGCCCGCUUCUCGCGACGCGCGUGAAGUGACAUCGACUCUGGGUGAAACCUCGCUCACGGCAGACGUGUUCUCUUCCUCCGCGUUGUCGUCUCCGCCUCCUUCCGACUCUGCGGUCUUUGUCUCGUCGUCGUCGCUCUCCUCGCCGACGCCUCGAACGCCGCCUUCGCUCCUCCCCUCUUCGCUGCCGCCCGCGGCGCCUCCGUCAGGCGCAGUCAGGGCGCCUCCGCCGGCUCCUGUCUCCUUGCUGCCGGUCUUAUCGGCCUCCUCAUGCGCUGCAGAACCGCGCGCGGAGCUCGGCGAGGAUUCCGCGCUGCCGCCGCAGGUCUGCGUGCGCGUGGAGGCAGACAACCGGCAGGACAACCCCUCGACAGACAGCAGCGAUGGGAGCUACAUUCUGUUGCAUGAUGGUGAGCAGAAACGGAGUCUGAUGACGGCGGGAGCCUUGGCGGCGAGUCCGCAUCUGAGACACCGAAGUGCACAUUCUGGACUGCAGGGCUUCGCUGCCGAAGAGCCGUCGACACGCGCCCCUCCGCAGCUCGCCUUCCAGGAGGAGGCCUCUGCAGUUCCGCCGCCGCGUCCUUCCUGCUUCUUCGCCUCCCUCCUCAGCGCCGCGUCUCCCCACCGCAGACAUUGGCGGGCGCGACACCGGGAUGAGCUCCCCGCGGGCUUUGAGGCCUCUGGGCGCAGCGAAGGAGCCCACGGCGCGCAGGCGGGGGACGUCGAGAGAGGAGGCCGGGGAGGCCGUUUUGACGGUCUGCCUUUCGUCGCCGCAAGCGGAGGGAGGAGACGAAGAAGCAGCUGGCGACGCGAGCUGAGGGCCCUCUGUGCAGUGGUGAUGGCGUUUCUCAAGGCCUGCUGGGUGUGUCUGAAGAUCCUGUGGGAACGCUCGGCUCGGUGGAUCGCGCGAAAUGACGCCCUCGUCCGGAUUGUCGGCUACACGCUUCUCCUUCUCAUCACAUCGACCGGCAAUAUCAUCUGCUUCAAAAAGAUGAUUGACAAGAUGCCAAACUACAGCCCGUUCAUCACGCAGGUCACCACAGUCGUCUUCGUCCCAGUUUUCUUCUCUCUCACCGUGUACACCGACUUCUCGGGAGGCAUAUCUCAGGAGAUGAAGGAUUUCCCGAAGCGGAAUUUCGCAAUUAUGGGAUUUCUGGACUCCUUCUCAGGCGUCAUGGCAAUCAUCGGCGCUGUGCAUACUACGGGGACGACUCAAGUUGUGCUCCAGCAGAGCUGCAUCGUUUUCAGCCUCUUUGCCUCAAUCUCGAUGCUGCGGAAGAGGUUCCAUCUGGCGCACUACCUGGGCGCCUGCGUGAUUAUUCUCGGCGUCCUCUUCGUCAAGCUGCCGGAGCUGCUGCAUCCCUUGCCCGACGGCGGCAACGACCUCUUCUUCUUCAAUCUCCUGUACCUUCUCAGCAACAUGCCGGCAGCCGUGUCGUGCGUGUUCAAGGAGGUUGCGUUUCGGGGCGUAGAAAUGGACGUCAAUUUUCUUCAGGCCUGGGUGGCGCUUUUUCAAUUCGUCAUCGGCUUCCUCGUGCUCCCACUGAGUGCCCUGCCGAUGCUCGGGCCCCAGCGCGUGCCAUUGACUGAACUGCCAGCGAGUCUAUGGAAUGGACUGCGGUGCCUCUUUGGCUACGACACUAUUGUCACGAAUUGCGGCGCCGGCGGCCAACCUCCCUGCGACAGCUGCGCGGGCGCGGGGAGCUUCGUCGGCAUGUAUCUGGCCUUUAACAUUCUCUACAACAUGUUCAUCACGCUGGUGGUGAAAAAUGGAGGCGCAGCGCUGACGUUCCUGGUGUCCACGCUGCGUCUCCCCGUGACGGCCAUCGCCUUCUGCUCACAUGCAAUCAUGGGUGACAGCGCAGUUCCUGCGAAGGCGAGAGAUUUCUACGGGCUGCUGAUCUUGAUCCUCGGACUGGCGAUCUACCGCGCGGGAAGCGUUAUGAAAAAGCGGGCGCGGCACCGAGCGGCGCUGGCGGCUCGCGGCUUGGCGGUCCCGGGCUUCGACAGCCGACGGGCGUCUGCGCGCGAAGAGCAGGACGUUGGUUCCGUUUUCGUGGAGGCCGUUUUUGCAGCGGGCGAAGUCGAUGCAUGUGACGGCGAAGAAGACUCGGAGUCAGACGAAGACGGCUCAGAAGUCGAGGUUCAUCCUGUCUUCACGUCGGUCAUUACUCCCGAGCCUCCUCAGGUCCGCGUACACGCGCCGCAUCAUGCGCAUGGCGACAGCGGCUACCACAAACUCCUCCCUGGAGCACCGCCGCCCGCGGUUUUCACGCCGUGCUCUAGGCCAGCAGCGGCUUUCUCAGGCGACACUUCAUGGCGCUGUCAAGACCGCAGAGGAGUAGCCUCGCGCGAGCGGUCAGGUAGCCCAGGCGCCUUUCCGGUGGACGAAGAGACAGGCUUUGCAAACGGCGCUGGCGUCCUGGGUUCGCCGGAUGCAUCGUCGUCGCUGCUGUACGACGCGCGAAGCAGCAGUGUCGGCUACAUGCCUCCGUCAUUGCCACCGGUCGCGCAUUCACCCGCGCAAAGUAGAGGCUGCUCCAACGGCAAAAAGAGAUGA